AGUCACUUCUGUCAUUGAGACUGUGAUCGCAGUUGUCCUGCAAGGGCUGUAAUGUCCGCAACAGAGACAAACCAUCAUUCCUCUCAACCUGGUCCAAGCUCUAGCAAGCGAAUCCCCCGAGGCAUGGCAUGUACAAACUGCCGCAGGCGCAAACUGAAAUGCGACACUGCAAAACCUGUCUGUGAACAAUGCGCCCGUACAAAUAGACACGAGGAAUGCGAGUAUACGGACGGAUCUUCCGCUUCCCGAACACAGGUUUUAGAGACCAACGCCACUCGCCUGCAAGAACGGAUACAAGAACUCGAGCACCCGCAAGAAGAAACCGCGGGAGCUACACCUCAUUUACCGGCUAUGUCUCAUACAACAUCCCCGUGUAAGAUACCUCUCUUACUGAUUGCCUCGACAGGCUAAGCUGGGGUCUGUGUAGCCACUCAAAUGGAUGAGCCUCCGGCCGAGCUGACACAGUCGCUACUGCAACAUUUCCUGCCUCAUGCCGACCACGUCGGCUUCUUCCUGCACAAGCAGAAUUUUCUAGCACUUGCCACCUCCACUGACGUGCAGUAUAGGGAUGCCAAUCUCUCCCGGGCCUUACUUAACGCGAUGUACCUAUACGGUGCUUAUCUAUCCUGCACCGAAGCCCUCACGGUUCACGUGCCAACUUUUCUCGGCCGUGC